AGCAGAAAUUGAUACUUGCGCUUGACUACAUGUGUAUGCUAUUGUAACACCUGUGUCCUUGCUGUGCGCUGCGUGAACCCUUUCGUGAUGGGCUGUGCCUAGAGACUACGCUAUAAGCCCCUGGCCUAGUCUACCCCUAAACUUGGGCUGCCGUAUCGCUAUCGACUUCGACCUACAACCCCGCUCUCACACAUCGAGCAUUCGUAUAUCGCAGAAUGCAGCGUCUAUCAUACAUUGGCAGCACUUCACACUUUUUCGGCGCUGGCGAUGGUGUUGUGAUAAAGUCGCCCAUGAAGAUUUGGGAAAGGAAUGCCAAUCGUCAAGUACUGGAGGCAAAAAACGCCGAAGCCAUUGGUAUUGAACGACAAAUUCUAGAAAGACUGGGCCCCCAUCCCAGAAUUGUUCCGUACCUGGGAGCGUAUGGCAGCUCCUCCACCAAGCUCAGCGAAGCCAGCAAUGGGACUCUGCAGGCGUAUUUGGAGGAGCAUAAUUUAACAAUUGGGGAGUCUCUUCGCUACGCAUGGUGCAUAGAGUUAGCCGAAGGCUUUGCGUAUAUAUACUCGAAGGGCGUGAUACAUUCAGACACGAGACUCGAUAACGUCCUAGUGAAUGCCAAGCUAGGUCUCUGGCUCUGCGACUUUGGUGGGUCGACGUGCGACGCGCUGGAAUUGAAUGGCGGACACUUUCCGGACGACCCGUUCUUUGACCCACGACUGGGUUUCGUCUCGACACAAGCAACCGAUAUCUUUAGCCUAGGGACUCUGUUGUUUAUUAUUCUCGCUGGCCACCUUCCCUUCGGAACCGGCCUCAAGGGGGAGCCGUUUGCUAACUGGAGUUCCUAUGAGGAACAUGUGUACAAACGUUUCGAGGCAGGAGAAUUUCCGGAUGUGGCUGGGUUGAUGGGCGGGAACGUAAUUUGGAGAUGCUGGCACCACAAGGAGGACUUUGGAUUCAAAACGGCGGCAGAUGUGGUCUUGGCCCUAAAAUCUCAACUGCUAGUGGCGCAUGUAGAGCGCCGGAGCGCUGCGGGCGGAGCGUGCAGGAAGAUAAUUGCUAGCUAAACGAGGCCCGACCCGUUCCGAAAUUUAUGGAGACUUUGCAU